AUGACCAGCAUCGACGGUUGUCACCCUUCCUCUCAAGUGACCAGAAGGGGAGAAGAGUGCAGGCAAAGGGGGUUUGGCUUCGCGGUAGACAUAUUGAAACGCGAAGAUGCCAAUGCAUGUUUGAGUAUGUUUGAAAGAUACGAAGAACGCCUUGGUGGGAAGCCGUUGUCCGGGGACGACCGUUUCAAACUCCAUUUGUUGCUACCGUGGGUGUGGGCAUUGGUCCAUAACGAAAGAAUCGUACAGCUCGCGUGUCGGUCCUUGAAUACUGUCGACGUGUGGUGCUGGUCAUCUGACGUGAACGUGAAAGAACGAAGGUCGGAUGCCUAUUUCCCUUGGCAUCAGGACUCAACGUACGCCGGUAUUUCACCCGUUCACACUGCGGUCACAGUAUGGUUGGCUUUGACACCCUCGAAUGAAGCAUCCGGAUGCCUCCAGUGCAUACCAAACUCGCAGGGUCGGCAGCUAGAGCAUGUGGAAGGGCAUGUUCAGGACUCGAGUAACGCCUUGUCGAAGCAACAAGAGAUUGUAGAUUUUCCUGACACCAUUCAUCCAGGACAAGCAGUAAGUAUGAUUCUGGAGGCCGGCCAAGCCAGCGUCCACGACUUUUGGACCGUGCACUCCUCCCGUCCCAACACAAGCGAACAUCGUCGCGUCGGUCUCGCAUUGAGGUUCGUGUCGGCACACGCACACAAGACAGGCUGCCGGGAAUCGGCCACGUUGGUUUCCGGAAACGGACACGGACUUUUUGACGAAGAAAUCGCACCAACCGAGGAGCUUGGACAGGCUGAGCGACAACGGCACAAGCAAGCCAUGGCCAAAGAAAAGAGCAAUUAUUUGUUGACUGUAAAAUCGCAUUACUGCCUUGGCGAGCAGCCGGAGGCCACCGCUGUCCUUUUCAUAGACCUUCUGAUCAGUGGUCUUCACGCAGACGUGUCAAAUCCAUUCAGAGCGCAACAAUAUGUAAACUCCCUAAUGUAAACAAGAGAAAAGCCUAUUC